CUCAACAAAUAAUCAAAACACUGCUGCCGAGUAUAGAAAUUUUUAAAAUUGUUUUUGUAGCUGCUUUAAUUUCAGUGUGAAAAUAAUUUGUCUCAUAAAUACAAAUUUUAAACCAUAAAAAAUGGAAUUAGAUCCAGAUAUUAUUAAAGAGUUUGAACAAUUAGAAGUGUCCAGCGAAAAACCCAAAGAAGAAGAGUUGGAAAAUUUCGAUGAAACUGCUUUGCUUAAGUACACCAACAACUCUGUCAGUGGAGCAGCCUCCGCACAAAAUGGCAAAUUAAAUGUAAAUCAUCCUACUUAUGCCACCAUACCGAAGUUCUUUCAUGCUCCACCAGCACCCACAGACACUUUAAGGCAGAACCUACGCAAAGAGGCGCAUUCAUUGUUUUUGCAAAAACGUUCACAAGAGCUGCUGGACAACGAAGAGCUUAACACAUUGUGGUCUAUACUGGAGAAACAUUGUACCCAAGUCACGCCACUGGGACAACAACUAAUUGGCUAUGAUGACUAUCUGAAGGUAAUGCAGGCGGUGAGCAGCAAGUGUCGCAAAUACUUGACAGCUCGUUUAUUUGCCAAGCUGCAGUGUCACUCUGGUUAUCCGGGAAAAGUGGAAAUCGUAUCGAUUUUUAAUUACACCAUGCGCAAGGUGUGGCUGACUCAGGGUCGCAUUGGUCUAUCGUUCUAUGAUGAAGUGGGUCAAGGAUAUUUAAGGGAAAUAGAUAUGGAGAAUUAUAUCAUUGACAUCAUACCCACAUUGGCCCAAAUUAGUGGUUGUGUGCAGCCCUCCUUUCAAAGUUUCUAUGUCUGCACGGUGGUUAAGAAAUUCUUUUUCUUUUUGGAUCCCUUGCACACCGGACGCAUAAGAAUACGAGAUAUAUUGGCCUCGGGCCUUCUAACAGAACUUUUGGAAUUGCGCGAUGAGGAGUCAUCUAAGGAAUCUCAGGAACAUAAUUGGUUCUCUAUGCCCUCGGUGCUGACGGUGUAUGGCAACUAUUUGAAUCUCGACAAGGAUCACAACGGCAUGUUGAGCAAACAAGAAUUGGCUGACUACGGUUCGGGCACAUUGACUUCGGUGUUUUUGGAUCGUGUUUUCGAUGAGUGUCGCACGUUCGAUGGUGAAAUGGAUUAUAAGACAUUUCUGGAUUUUGUAUUGGCUCUGGAUAAUCGUCAUGAACCACAGUCUUUGCAUUAUCUAUUCCGCAUUUUGGAUGUUCAGCAUAAGGGCUAUUUGACGGCACAAACGCUGCACUACUUCUUCAAAGGCAUCCAAGAGCAAAUACGUGCGGUGAAUGCAGAGGCGGUAAAUUUUGAAGAUUUAAAAGAUGAAAUAUUCGAUAUGGUGAAAUCCAAGGAUCCGUAUAAGAUAACGCUGCAGGAUCUAAUAAAUUGCGGCCAAGCGGAAACUGUUGUCUCCAUACUCAUUGAAUUUCAUAAAUUCUGGGCUUAUGAAAACCGUGAAGAAGGUUCACACAAUGUUUAAUUAUUACUGCUGUAGACUAACGUAGACUCAUUGUUUAAGGCUAGGACUUGCUAACGUAUAUUUCAUAGAAUGCUGCCAUAGCCUAGUAUAUGGUUUAUUAUAAAUUUAUUUAGUUUACUCUUUAAACUUAAUUAACCAACUUAGAAUAGGGGAAUUUUUAAAUAGAGAAAUAUCCAUUUUUUUUAAAUAUUACAAAGAUAUUAUUUUAAAAAAAUCGUUUCUUAAGCCUAAGAUCUUUAUUAAUAAUUCUGCUAAAGCCAAGAUUAAAUAAAAGUUUCUUUUAUAACUUUCACCUUA